GAGAUAGAGAGAUGGCAAAGGGAAAGGGAGAAGUGAAGCACAUAUUUCUUGCACAAUUCAAAGAAGGCAUAACCGAUGAAGAGAAAGAAGAAUGCAUCAAACGGUUUCAAAGCAUUGUCCCCCAUUUCCCUUCAUUGAAGACUUUUAAAUGGGGUGAAGAGCUUAGCAUUGCAAAUUUUGAUCAAGGUUUCACUCAUGUCUUUGACUUAACAUUUGAAAGUGUGGAAGGUGUUGCACAGUAUAUUUCCCAUCCGGAGCACGUCGCUUACGCGGAGUUUUUUCUGCCUAAACUCGAGAAGUUCGUUGCAGUUGACUACACACCCAAAUAAAUCCAACCUAAAAUUAAAUUAUGUUAUUUAAGUUUUUAUUGAUGUUGGUCAAAUAAAA